UGGAUACCGCAGUCAACCAACCAACAAACCAACACGGACUUGAUUGAAUCGGCUCUGGUAGUCUUUCGACUCAAGUCUUGUAUCUUCUGCAUCUAAUACUGUGGAAGAGUGCUCUCAUCUUUGACUUCGACACGAUAAUCUAUACAUUCACCGUGAAUAUUAUUUAAUCUUUAGUCUCACUACGUCAAUCAUUCAAAAUGUCCGCUGUGCAACUCAAGUUCACUCUUCGGACAUCGUCCAAUGUCAAGACUGUCCACCUGCUUGGCUCCUGGGACAACUACUCCCGUCAGAUCCCCCUCUCCAGGGAUGAAGGCAAGCCCGGUUCAUGGGUUGGCAAGUUCCGCUUCCAGACCUCCAUGCUUAAGCUCGGCGGCCGCUACUGGUAUUAUUACAUCAUGGAUGGAUACCACGUCUCCCAUGAUCCCGCCGUUGAGUACACUAUUGAGCCAACCACCGGCCGCAAGCUGAACAUCCUCGAUGUUCCCGGAGGUAGCAAGAAAUCCAGCUCUUCCGCCUCGAAGCCCAGAAGAACCUCCGAUGAGGUGGUCAAGGGCCGUGCUCCGUCUCCAUCCAAAAUCCACCACCCCAAGCCCUCCAAGCCCUACGCCUCCCGCCAAAUCCGGGAGACCGACUUCGCUCCUACCAUGGAGGACCUCACCAUGCGCUUUGCGGGAUCCCGCCUGUCAGACGAGUACUCUCUCUCCAACAGCCCACCCAGCUCCGUUGGGUCGUCCCUGUCUUCUCGGUCUUCUCGUUCCUCUGGCAGCACCUCGCCUUCCUCGCUUUCUUCCAUGAGUGACCCAGCCAGCGUCUGCCGCUGCGAGCGCUACGGCAUUACCCGGAAGGGCGACCGCGUCAAGCUUGACUGCGGUGGUAGCCGCUGUGGCUACGUUACCGAGUCGUCUGAGGCUAGCUGUUCCGAGUCUGACAGUGAUGAGGAGUACCGCCGGGCCCGCCGAGGUGUUCGUCGCCAGGGCAUUGUUGUGCGUCGGUAAAUCAUGCAGUUGGUGGAAUCUUUACUUCGUCAAUUCUAUGGAGAUGGGUUGACUCCGUCAGUCAAGCAAUGUCAAUCAAUAUGGCAUGUUGCUGUUAUGCCAUGAUGCUCAGAACACAGUCUCUCCUUAACAGGACUAUGAAGAGAACAUUUUGAUACCCAAAAAAGAAAAACCAAGAAAAAAACAUCCGGAUCGUGGCUCCGCUACGAGUGUGCCGGACUCACUUCGUAUGAUAGCGAAGUUGCAUUGUGAGGAGGUUCACGUCUGGGGAAGAGAGCGGGGUUAGUACAAUGCCUUUGGGCAGAGAUGUGGGGAGAUAAAUAGUAUUGGGGGUGAAGCUGAGAAGAUGGAAGGACAAUGUCGCUCUGUGUCUGUCACUAUAACAGACCAGCCAGGCGAAUGAUUCAUGCCAUGAAGGAAUGAAUAUGUGAUGACUUUGUCUGGUCACGUCGGUGCUGAACCCUAACCAGGGAUAUGUAUUUGACUGCGUCCAGAAUGAAUGAUGAAUGAUGCUCCUUCGAUUAGCUUAAAAAAACAUUAAAAAAUACAAAAAAAAGUUGU